GAUCCGCCCCGGGUUCUCGUCGCCGGUGUACUGUACCCGGUACUGGUUUGAAGAGUCUUUGUGGCCCCGAGGUGGCCAAAGGGAGUGAAUGCAGUUAGCGCCGCCAGCCAGACCAACUCGCCUCCGAGGUCAUUCCCACCUUCUAAGGUUGCCGGGACCGCCUGCCCUCCAGCCGUUUCCUCCACCAGAUUUUCAGCUACUGAUGUUACAAACAAAAUAUUGGAGCAUAGAGUUGAGGAAAAGACUUAAACCAGAUUUUUCUUCUAUUAGUUAAAAAUAUGGAUCCUGAAGCAGCGGGACCACCAAUUAUCAAAGUGACUCCUCUUCAACAAAUGAUUGCCUCUUGUACUGGAGCUAUACUGACAUCACUGAUGGUGACACCCUUUGAUGUUGUUAAAAUUCGACUCCAAGCCCAAAACAACCCAUUCUCCAAAGGAAAAUGUUUCUUAUAUAGUAAUGGACUUAUGGAUCAUCUAUGUGUCUGUGACGAGGAAGGCAACAAAGCAUGGUAUAAGAAGCCAGGACGUUUCCAGGGAACAUUGGAUGCCUUCUUGAAAAUCAUUCGAAAUGAGGGCAUUAAAUCCCUGUGGAGUGGCCUUCCUCCUACCUUAGUGAUGGCAGUUCCUGCCACAGUUAUUUAUUUUACCUGCUAUGAUCAAUUAACUGUUCUUCUGAGAUCUAAAUUAGGAGAAAGUGAAAGCCACAUACCAAUUGUUGCUGGAAUUGUGGCUAGACUUGGUGCAGUAACUGUAAUAAGUCCACUGGAAUUGAUUAGAACCAAGAUGCAAUCUAAGAAGUUUUCUUACGAGGAACUGCAUCAAUUUGUCAGCAAGAAAGUGUCUGAAGAUGGUUGGAUUUCCCUCUGGAAGGGCUGGGCUCCUACCGUUCUUAGAGAUGUACCAUUCUCAGCAAUGUACUGGUAUAACUAUGAAGUUUUAAAGAAGUGGUUGUGUGCAAAAUCUGGUUUAUGUGAACCGACGUUUAUGAUCAACUUUACUUCAGGGGCAUUAUCUGGUUCUUUUGCAGCUGUUGUAACUUUGCCAUUUGAUGUGGUAAAAACACAAAAGCAGACACAACUUUGGAUGUAUGACAGUCGGAAAAUUUCUAUGCCUUUGCAAAUGUCAACGUGGGCUAUAAUGAAGAACAUUGUUGCUAAGAAUGGAUUUUCCGGAUUAUUUACAGGCCUAAUUCCUCGUUUAAUUAAAAUUGCUCCUGCUUGUGCUGUUAUGAUCAGUACAUAUGAAUUUGCAAAGUCUUUUUUCCAGAAACAAAAUGCUCGAAGACAGCAAUACUAGAGAUGCUAUUUCAACCUGAAAUAACAACCAUGGCCAAAUAAUAAAAUGGAGACUCUUAGACAAGAGCUUUUUUUCACCAUUAUCUUACAGUGGUUUUAUAUCUUUCUUAUCUAUAAUUUAAAUGAAUAAAAUUUCUACUUUGCAUUUAAAUCAUAAUCCUAAUUUUUAAAUAAAUUUUUUGUCCUAAUUUUUGAGAUUUUGAAAAAAUCCAGAAAUCAUAACCAUUGAGCAUUCUUGUAAAGAAACGAAGAAUUAUCCUACACUGAAAGCAAUAAUCUCAGAGUUUGAUACAAAUCUUGGUUUAAGUUAAUCCUAUUGGGAGUGUGUCAGAGACAACAGAACAUUUUGAAUUGUGUGCUGAAUGAUGUAGAGAGUCUAAAAGAAAAAUUCGCAAAUCUUUUAUACAAUUUAAAUCACGGACAUAGAUAUUUAAGUAUUUCAGCAAAGUAGAUAAUGGAAGGCAGUCUUCAGAUAACAUUAUUCACAUAUACCACAUAUUACCUAUUAUUUUUUUAAAUUCACAUGCAUUUGGUAUUUUGUUUUUUUUACCUUGUUACUGUUCUAAGGCCUCAUGAAUAUUAGGAUUUUUCUGAUCACAGGUGUAUGGUUAUUUUAUCUUCAUGAACCAAAAAUAUACUAAUUUGUAUGAUAUGCUGCUGUUUUUGAUGACUAAAGACCCUGUAUUAUCUACUGUCUCUGCAAGAGAGAGGGAGCUUUUACUGCCUGUAUCAGAUGUUCACUUCAGUCAAACUUGGGUGUACAGUGGAAAACCACAUUAUAUUCAGACCAGUAAAAAUGCUCUGUCAGCACAGGUUUCAGCUGUCCUGUAAUGUAAAUAUUACCAUUUGUGGAGUUCUCUAGGUCAUUUCUAUUGGCUUGUUCUAGCAAAAUUGAGACUAUUACCACAGUAUCAGUCACAGAGUAUUUCCAAAAUGUCCCUUGAUUUUACACAUCUCACAUUAGUAUGCUAGACCAAGAACUAAACAGGCAGCAGUUUCCUUGAAGAAAGAGCUUUUGGUCACUGGAUGCUAAUGCCUAAAUAAUUUAAUGAAUGUAAGAACGAAAUAAAAAGGAUAUGAUUUCAA